GCGGGUCCCGGGAGGGCGGAUGGUCUCCCCGCCCCCCGCCCUCCGCGCCGCCCCCUCGUCCCGCAGCUGGCACGCCACUGCUACUCCCGAAGGGCUUUCAAAGGGGCGUCUGGAGAGGACCCCGCGGAUGCCCACGUGGCGAGGAGCCCCGGAGCCUGCCCGGGUUGUCCCGGCCUGCGGGGAACAUGGGCGUGCUCAGGGUCGGACUGUGCCCGGGCCUCACCCAGGAGAUGGUCCAGCUUUUGGGGAGCCGCGGGAUCAAGACAGUGGUGGACUUGGUUUCUGCAGACCUGGAGGAGGUAGCCCAGAAGUGUGGCUUGUCUUAUAAGGCCCUGGUUGCCUUGAGGCGGGUCCUGCUGGCUCGGUUCUCCGCUUUCCCCUUCAAUGGCGCUGAUCUCUAUGAGGAACUGAAGACCUCCACUGCCAUCCUGUCUACCGGCAUUGGCAGCCUGGACAAACUGCUCGAUACUGGUCUCUAUACUGGAGAAGUAACUGAAAUCGUAGGAGGCCCAGGUAGUGGCAAAACCCAGGUAUGUCUUUGUGUGGCUAUAAAUGUGGCCCAUGGCCUGCAGCAAAACGUCCUAUAUGUUGAUUCCAGUGGAGGGCUGACCGCCUCCCGCCUGCUGCAGCUACUUCAGGCUAGAACCCAGGAUGAGGAGGAGCAGGCAGGAGCUCUCCAGAGGAUCCAGGUGGUACACGUGUUUGAUAUCUUCCAGAUGCUGAGUGUGCUGCAGGACCUUCGAGGCACCGUGGCCCAGCAGGUGACCAGUUCUUCAGGGACUGUGAAGGUGGUGGUCGUGGACUCGGUCACUGCGGUGGUCUCCCCACUCCUGGGAGGUCAGCAGAGGGAAGGCUUCGCCUUGAUGAUACAGCUAGCCCGAGAGCUGAAGACCCUGGCCCGGGACCUGGGCACAGCAGUGGUGGUGACCAAUCACAUUACCCGAGACAGGGACAGCGGGAGGCUGAAACCUGCCCUUGGGCGCUCCUGGAGCUUUGUGCCCAGCACCCGGAUUCUGCUGGACACCAUCGAGGGAGCAGGAGCAUCAGGAAGCCUGCGCACUGUGUGUCUGACCAAAUCUCCUCGGCAGCCAACAGGUCUCCAAGAGAUGGUAGACAUUGGGACCUGGGGGACUCCAGAGCAGAGCCCCGAGUUACAGGGAGAUCAGACGUGACUGGUGCUGUUGAUUAGGAAGCAGGGAGGCAGCGAGGCCCGCCAGCUUUCCUUCCCAGGAAUGCCUGCUGUUUACUGCCACCCAACACUUGCACUGCAGAAGUUCUCAGGCUGGCCAGAAGAGGCAUCUCAGUGUCCUCAGCUUCACUCUCUGGACGCAUAUGAAGCUACAGGCGAAAGAGGAUGCUGCGGUGGGAGGGCCCAGAAUUCAUGCUGGUGCCAUGUUUCUUUCCCUUGUUUCUACCAUGUAUGUUUCCAGUGGGAGCCCAGUUCACCCUGGCUUGGGGCAUCUGUGAAGAAGCAUGUUAGUGACUGGGUAGAUAACCCUGUGUGUCACCGUUGUGUCCUGUGCUCCAUCCUGGCACAGAGACCAAGCCAGGAAGCCUGUAGCUUACCUUUGCUUCUCUCUCUCUCUCUCUCUUUUUUUUUUCUUUUUGGCCUCUGCUUCUCUAUCUGUAAAAUGGGGAGCCACUGUCCCCUUAGCUCUAUCUCUGAGUUACUGGGUGGAGAUAACCUUAUAAAUACAAAACUUCAUCAACUAUGUUCUGCUCUUAAAAAUAUAAAAAGAAAAUUCCC